AUGCUGCUCUUCUGCCCGGCCUGCGGSAACGUGCUGGUGGCCGAGGAGGGGCCGCGCUGCCACCGCUUCGCCUGCACCACCUGUCCCUACGUGCGCAAUGUCACACGGAAGGUGACCAGCAGGAAAUACCCGCGCCUCAAGGAGGUGGACGAUGUGCUGGGCGGCGCCGCGGCCUGGGAGAACGUGGACUCCACGGCAGAGCCGUGCCCCAAGUGCGAGCACCCCCGCGCCUACUUCAUGCAGAUCCAGACGCGCUCGGCCGACGAGCCCAUGACCACCUUCUACAAGUGCUGCAACGCGCAGUGCGGGCACCGCUGGCGGGACUGAGGGCUGAGGGGGAGCGCGGGGAUCGUGCUCCGGCAAUAAAUGUGGCACUGGGCACAAGAGCGGCUGCUGCGUGCUUGUUCUGGGCCUGGCGGGGCGAGGAGACGGCUCCAGCCGGGCUGGGGCCCGUAAUUCACACAGGGCAGGGGUUCUGCUGAUGCACACAUAACAAACUCGUGCCCUGCACACCGAGAAAGCAGCGUUUGAAACAGACGGGCCUGAGGGUAACCGAGCUAAGGACAGUGAGGAAACCCCAGCCCUGAGCCCGCUGCUGUGCCCCAUCGCCCAGCAGRCAGAGCAGCGGUGAAAUGGUACCGCUGUGGCCUUACAGAGAGCCACAAAUGGAAAAGGGGACUGUGCUGCGACCUGUGAAAAMCCUGUCAGUUAAAGCAGGAAUUACAAACUCUACACUGCAACCAAUUACUGGCAAAAA